CACCUGCAGACCUUAGAGAAAGACACUAAUGGGUAUCUGAGUACGGCUGAAUUACCCCGGUGGUAGUCACAUAUUGUGACAUUCGAUUCAGUGUCGGUCUUUGCCAUGCACUUUGCUUCACAAGUUUGGGAACGAGACCAGAUCGAAUGGACAGCAGGUGGCUGAUGGGAAAUGCAUUCCAAGAAGCAGGAAGUACAACACCUAUCUGUGAUAACGGUCCAACAUGUUCUCGAUGUGCAAGGGUAUCGUCAAGUUUGGACAACGCCAGUGACUACAUCUUCAGGUACAAAUGUUACUGCAACAAAGCAUUUAGGUAAAUUCAGUACAUGUAGUAGUAGUAGUACCUACUGGGAGCCACAGCUGACCAAUGGGGCUGAUCCUGUAUGAAAUAGAAGAUGGAGAAGAUGACACUGAUGGGGGGAAGUGCUGCAAUAAGGUCCCAAUUGAGACCAUCUGUGCCAAUUUACUGAAGUGCUUGGUGGUGUUCUAUGGAGUUUUCUACAUUGCAGCCAGUAUCUGUCAUGGAGCAUUCAGGCUGGGAACUUUACAGGCAUUCGAUCCAAAGAUACCCUUUGACUUCGUGGAGCCAUUUUCCUGGCAAAGUAGCCGAUAUCUGGCCAGACUGAUUUCAAUGGAGUCUACCUACUUCGUGUGUACCUGGGCCUUUGUAGCCAUUGUACAACACUGUGUUUGGGACUAUGCCAUCACUGUCACUUUGGUACACGUCAGCAUAUGCUGUGCUGUUAUGCAAGGCUUCCCUCUGACAUGGCAGUGGUGGGUUACACUAGGCUGUGGAGUGCUCUUCAUGAUUGUGGUAGGAGAGAUAGUCCUGUGCUGUAUCAGGUGCAAGAGCCAAACGGCGAGGGUAACACCAAACUCCAGAAGAUCAGGAGUCACAUGAGAAAAGAGAUAUUCAUUAUGUUAUACCAAUGUCCUACCAUGCAAUGUGUUAACAGAAGCAUUUUAGAUUUGCCAUGACAGCUUCCUCUGCCAGGAACCAUUAGUAAAAGGCUGUAUGUACACAUAUCAAAGUUCAUGAAAUUUGUCAUGUUACUCUUUCAGUAAGAUGUUUCUGACAUGGGGCUGUCAUCCCACAUGUCAACAAAAUUGUUGUUGCUACAAAUGUCAUAUGUUGUCAGAUAAUCCAAAGUGCAAUAUUAGCAGAGCUGGCAAUAUAUAGAAAGGAUAAGUGUUCUUGUCUGUUGUUGUAAGGUCUUAAAACCAGUCAUGCAAGUGGAAAAAAUGCAUACUUUCUUUCUUGUGAUUUCUUUCUGAUAUGUCUUCCAACCAUGUUUUGUACAUAGUCAAUUCCCAUUCCCCUUUACAAUUCAAAAGUGGGGAGAGCAAAGUCUGGUGCUAAAAAUGUCUCUCAUAUUUUGCUCUUGAAAGUUAUGCAUUGAACCGAUAUUUCAAAGAUAUUGUAAUCAAUGAAGGCAUUACCUCCUAAUUCUUUAUAUUGUGUGUAGGAUGUCUACUAGCAGGACUGAAGUAUUUGUAGUAAAGGGGCAGUUGUAAUGAUUUGUAUAACAUUGCUGUUUAAUAUAGCCGUGUAUGCUAAGUCAUAUACUAGUAUGUGCAUGCACAUAAGCACACCAUCUUCAGAGUUCUGAUGCUGUAAAUAAGAACCACUGCUGCAAUACUGUUAUUAACAAUCAUGAGGUUUGUGUCCAGUUAAUUCUAAUGUUUUGCUUUCUGUAGAUGCAAGUGCCCUGCCAAGUGAGAUAUAAUUAUUUUCACAAAGAUGGUACAUCUUAUAGUCAGCGCAAUAUUCUUUUGCCUGCAUGGAAAGCUUAGUCACAAUAUGCUGUCAAUAACUGUUUCUAAUUUAAGCAAUUGGAUAUGCUCAACUGCAGUUGUACUUAAGAAUCAUAGUCAAUCUCUCUGACAGACUGUAUGACUUGUACAUUCACACUUCUGAUCAUUUAAUGAGGCUUCAAUCAUGUAAUACUGACAAACCUUUAGCAUGCUGACUCAUUUGUGGUGUGCAUUAAUAUUGAAAUGUAAAACGUAAAAGUUAUUUCUUACUCCAUAUAGUUGGUAUGUCCAAAACGCCC